UAGAAGUAAGUUGACCUUCACCUUGCGAUGAUGCUCUAUUCAUUUGUGAUCGUGUGGCAUCCGUUUAAAUUCAUUAGGGGGCAGUGCUGCACCUGACUAUGAGAAGUAUGUGAAGUCACAUUUUUCUGGGACAUAUCGACUUUUAAACUACCAUUUUCUGCCGAAUGUUUUAAAUAUUAUACAGAACUUUGAGAAAAGCUGAACGUAAGAGGGAUUUUUACUUGCAGAAGGCCGUUCGUCGCUAUAAAGGUGAAGUUGAAUAAAUCUAUUCUCUGAAAUGGCAUCUGUUCAUGGCCUGCCCGAUUUACCGAAAUGCUUGAGUGGACUUGCAAAUGCCACGAGUUCGCAGUGGAAAGAAGAAGAAAGGCUUCAUUCUAUGAGGGCACAACUACAAGCUGACCUCAGCGAAAGCCAGCAACAGAUGCAAAAUUUGAAAAGUUUACAAAGAAAUGCCCACCACAAUGAGGAUGGUGAAAUUAUGGUGAAUUUCCCCCCAGCAGAUGCUUGGAAUGGAUUGAACUCAGUGAAGCGAAGUAGAUUAAGUUUAGAUGCUGCAAUAACUCAACUAAGGAAAGAAAUGGUUACCUUAAGGCAGUUGGACAUGUCUCUUCUGUGCCAGCUUUGGGCACUAAAUGAAUCAAUCCAGGACUAUAAACAAAUGGCACAAGAAAGGAUGUUUUCUGAGACCAAUUCUGAAUGUUCAUACAGCCACGAGGCAGGACUAGACACAAUAAGUGACCAUGAUGAAUCUGAUGUUGAAUAUAUGAGGAGUUGUGAUGAGGAUGGUAUUGCCAGGGAUGACUCCGGGAUAUCUGGCAUAUCAAGUAAUACAGGGUCCUAUGGCAAUGUUAUCAGUCAAUCUAGUAGUGGGCAUAAAUGGAAACAAACAAAGUGCUGAUCAUGAAUCAUGGUGGAGUGUUAACAUUGUGGUAAUAUGGAGUAGGAUAACCAAAUCAGCUAAUAUAGUGCAAUAUACAUGGUGUUCACAUUACCUCUGACUUGGUACUGAUAUGAAGAAGAACAUUGCAAAUCCAGAGCCCUAUUUCACAAAAAAAUAUUAACAAAGUUGGCAUGGUGUUCUGUGUUUUUUAAUAUGACUGCACAUAUCACAAGCAAAUACCUUUUUUAGACCUCAUGAAUGAUUAGCUCCCUCAAAUAAAUUUAACUUUCCAGAGGUGCCACUCAAGUCAUUUUGUAAAAUGUGACACAAUUUGACUGCAUUAAAACAACUUUGAAAAAAGUUAUACAGUCAAGUAAUAAUAACUUGGAUGGCAUGCUCUUUUCCUUCAAAAUAAAACUCAUUCAUUAGGAUGUAAGACUUUAUUUAAAAAUGUGUGGGACAUUUCAGUCAGACUGCCAUGUUAUUUAACUCAUAUUUGUAUCAUGUUUAUGAUUUUUAACAAUUGAUUUCUGAAUUUAUAAAGGACUCGUGAAGUAUAUUGAGGUGACUUACUAGUAUGUGUUCCCAAGGUAACAAAAAAUUGAUUACCAUAAUACAUUUUUGAAUUAUAAUUAAAUGAUUUCCUGAUCAUAGAUAGUUAUAGUUGGAGUGAUUUUAACAUUGCUAACCAUCACACAAUUAAUGUUACGUUGCAUUUGUAUAUUAAUAAAGUUUAUUUAUUUCUCAAUUAACUAUA